AUGGGUUAUUUGGAAGGGGAAUUUUUGCAAUCCCAGGUAGGUGGUGUCAAGUCCGUCAACCUUUCCUAUAAUGAGAAGGGUAUCUCCAAGGGUAUUGCCACGGUGAGCUUCCACAAGCCUGCCAGUGCAUCCAAGGCCAUGGAGAAGUUUAACGGAGCUCCAAUUGAUGGCGGUAAGUCCAAGUUGAGAUUGGAACUGGUCGUUGACCCAACCAAGAAGCCAUUGUCGUCAAGAAUCACUGUAAACUCGAUUGCCCCUGUGGUUGCCAAAGGAAAGGCCAAGGUAAAGCCAAAGACAAAGGGUAAACCAGUUGCUGUUGCAUCCGCAAAGGCUACGGUCAAGAAGACGCCUGCUAAGAAGACCAAGCCAGCUCCAAAGAAGAAGGCUAAGAAGACCAUCGAAGAGUUGGACCAGGAAAUGGCCGACUACUUUGCUGGUGGUGAAAAAUAA